AAACCGGCACAAUAGCUAUAAAGCGAUGAGAACAAGAGCCACGCGCUUUGUCUAGUGAAACAAAUAAUAUUAAAUGCCGGUAUUUUAAUUUUUAGCCCAUUGUUAUGAAUGAAAAAAAUAUGUGCGCACGGUUUGCAUUUUUUCUAGAAAGAGUAACUUUUAUACGGCAUGCAGUCUGGUGUAUCCGCUUAUAGCCUCAGCAGCUACCAAUAGUGCAGGAUAGUGAAUUAGAACUCGAAUAACUUUACAUUUUAAAAAGUUUCGAAUUCAGUUCUCAUACAUAUGUUAUUUCAUUUUCGGAAAAAAAGUCUCUUCAUCAAUUCUACACUUUGGAUUUAGCUGACAAAUAUUUUAUUUCUAAAUAAAAUAGAUUGAGAAUAGUUUAAUGUUAGUCAGAAGUUAGAAUAUAUUUUGUUCCAACUUUGAUUUGUAACAGAAAACUAGACUUUCAGGAAGAAUCAAGUGUUGUGGAAUAAAUUUCAUCAAGAUUUAUUUUCAAACUUUUUAAAAAACUUAUUAUUCAUCAUGAGAACCACUAGGACCCCUUCUUCAUCGCUAUCAUCAAUAACAUCUCGCACCUAUAUGUCUGACAGGAGCAGACACAAGAGCCAUUCUUCUCGCCAUUCUGUAGAUUCGGAUGUACCAUCAGGAAAGUCCAACCGGAAGAUGAAAUUCAUCAUUGCAAUUGGUAUCGCUUUACCCAUCGUCGCUGCGAUCAUCGGUGUCGUUGCUUGGGCAGUAAGUGCGGACAGCGCUUUCCGUAGUCCCGUGGCCAAUAGCCUCCGUAGAUCAGAUGUCAAUGUAGAACCACACGAAGAAGACAUUUUUCAAAUAUUGGAAGACCGACAUGACUUGUCCUACACACGCCAUCCGGGGUCCUACACGGAAGAUGACCGGGACUUUGCCAGGGCGGAUCGCAGACAGAACGUUCAUCAGAAUAAUUUCGAUGACAAUCCAGAGAAGGAUCCUCUGUAUAUAGUGCAUUUCGUUCCCUCACCGAAACCCAAAGUAGAAGUUAGCACUCCAGGACCUGAUACUGCUUCCACGGUAUCGAGUGAAGUUCUACAGAAGAUACUCUCAGCGAGCAAAGGUGCGAAGCCUGGAACCCCCCAGUUUGUCGUCUUCGCCCCCGUCCCCGGAGAAGAAGAAAAUAAAGGAGAUGGAAAUGACUUGACUGGAUUAGGAGCGUCAGGAUUGAAUUUCUUGUCUAGACCUCCAACAGCCAACGCUGAAUUGGAUUAUGAUUAUGAAGAAGAACUUCGAAAAUACGAGGAACUCCUAAACUCCAAAGAUGAUGUCAAUCAGAAAGAUAGUUCUAGACUCGGAACAACGACAGAAGAUACCAAAUAUCAAAACAAAAUCCACAAAGAAUCAUUCCAGGUUGUAACCAAAAAUUAUUCCUCUGGAAACGUGUUCCAAAAUGCCCAGCAACCUCAGAAGCCAAGAUCUGCAGGUUCCAACAUUGGCUUACACCUGAAUGAAUUUAGUCAUCAACCAAUACAGCGGCAAUCCCAACCCCAAAAAGUUCCUCAGUCUUACUCACAGAGUCCUCAGCCAGUUUAUCCAGAGGCAACACAAAGUAAUUAUCCACAACAGUCAAAUCAGAAUUACAACCAGGCAGAUAAUUAUCCACAGCAAAGCUAUAAUCAGCAACAACCUCGCCAAAGCUACAAUCAGGCAGAUAACAGCCAAACCCCUCUUGAGAGCAGCUUCAACCAGUUCACACAGAAUUACAACCAAAUGCAAUCCAACUACCAGCAACCUCAACAGCAAGUCUCAGACUAUCAAGCUCAGAAUGCCUACCAAGGACAACAACAACCAACUGCAGUUGAUCGAUCUGGACAAUAUGAGCCUCUUGGUAUUAGUCUUAGUCUAGGAGGUGGUCACGGCCAUGGUCAUGGGGCUAAGGGACUGUUAGGUGGUGGUUAUAGCCCUCUCGGUAUAAUUUCUUCCAUUUUAUCUCCAGUAAUAAAGAAACCUCGAGUAAAUCUGAAUGGCAAACUCAUGUUUGGUGUCAUGUUGGAAAACGGUGUGAAAUUUGGCGAUGAUAAAACUCAUCAUCAUGGAUAUGGAAAAAAGUAAUUUUCUGUAGGUUUAGAAAUAUUUAUUGUGUACGAUGUGAUUUAUUUAAGUGUUUUUGAUGCACUCCUUACAAGAGAGGGGAAAAAUACAGUAAAUAAUUCACUUGAAAUCAAUGGCUUAUUUAUCAAAUGUGAACAAAUAUUAACAUUUUUGUCAGGACAUUAUAUAUCUUAAACAAAAGAAGAUCGAAGGGAAUAGAAUUUUUGCCUGAUUCUUUAUAGGAAAACGAUUUUUUGCGUUUUUAAGGAACUUUAUUGCAAUGGAGUGUUUCCUAAUAAUUGCAAUUUAUUUCAAAAAACCUCUAUGCUACGCAGAAAUUUUUUGUGGAACUUCUGAAUUUGUGCAAUUUACAUCAACCUUGUGACAAAAAGUUGGUUAAUUUCUUAUUCUGUGCUUUGAUAUUUUUAUAUUUUCCACUAAACAAUAAAUAUUUUCAAUAUUCUAAAUAGUACUAUCAAAAUAAAUACAUUUAGUUGAUGCAUUUGCUUUUAUGUAAAAAUUGGAUUUGUAUUUUGUAGAAAGCAUAAAUUUAAACAUUAUGAAUAUGUUUAAAAUGCUCUGUUUUUGUCAUAUUAGCAAAGUUUGGUAUGCUACUGGUGUUUUUUGUGUUCUCUUCAAGGUCUGCUUGCUUUUCUCCCUGCCUUAUGUCAGCUACUUCUUAGUAACAACUUUAAAUUUAGUGGUGAAUUUUGUUUACUGGGUAUUUAAUGUAUGGGAAAUUUAUGUUUGUAUAU